GGUUUAGUCUAAUGGAAACGAACCGACGACUUGCUAUACAAUGCAGAAGUGUGACUACAUUGCCACACAAUAUGUGCAUCUGACAGAUUACAAUUGAUUUAAAAUGUAAGAUUAAUGUUAAGAUUAUAUAAAUUCUCUCUAAAUAAUAUACUGCGGGACGUAAUGAGUUUGUUAAUCUACGAAGGAACCGAACCCACUCCUCUCAAUCGAAGGAAUAAGCGCAGUUUGUAUUGUGUAGACGUAGAGCUACCGUCUCAUUAGAAUCCAAUCGGUCAAUGAUUCUUUUCAUUAUAAAUUUAUGCGAAAUUUAAAUAUAUUUCUUCUAUAGCUCACGAACAAACACACAGUACAGACGAAUCAAUAAUCGAUUCGGGCAAAUCUCUAGUUAACUUGCGUGCCUACUCGAUAUUCAGAACGCUCGUAGAUAUUCAAAUUAUUCAGUAAUCUCGUGUAAUUUGUGGAAAGAAACAAUUCUUAUUUAAAAAAAAAUACACCUUAAUGCGUUUAUUUUAAAUAAUUUAACAUCAAAAUUAACGAUUAAUUUAAUACUAGGGUGGACCGAAAGUCAGUUAACCGUGUUAUGUUUCGGAUACGCCUGCAUUUGCGAGUACCACAUGCGGUGUGUUAUCAGUUUAGUCUUCAGUUAACUAGCUUUUGGGCCAUACUAUACGUUAAUUUAUAAGAUAUUUAGCUGUAUAAAUGUUUAUAUUUCUUAUUAUCUUAUGGAAUUUGAUUUAUAGAACUGAACUUUAUUAAACUGAAGAUAUUGUAUUACAGCAUGAAUAAUAGAUACUAUUCUACUGUUACUGUAUUAUAUUACACGGUAUUAUAUGAAAUACAAUUAUGUAUCAAGGACGUUCUAUAGUACAGGGAUUCAAUGUUAUUAUUACAGAAAUAUAAAGUGAAUCAAGUGAUCUAUACAGGCCUACUAUUAAACAAAGAUGUAUUGAUUCAUCUGAUCUUAUCACUUUUUACUGAAGCAGUACGUAUUCCCCGAUUACCAAUUCUGUGUCAAUGACUUCAGCAACUUAACUAUUUAUAAGUCCAGAAGUAAAUUAAAAAAAAAAAUAGAAAAGGUUUGGUUUUGGUUUUGUUUUAGUUUAAAAUUGAAAUCAAACCUUUUCUAUUAGAAAAACGUAACUAGAACUAAUAUAAGAGGCCCGAAUUUUAAAUGAACAAACCUACAUUCACUCACAAAAGCUGAGGGCCUAGGUUGACCUUCCCAAAUUACGCUACAGAACACCAGAAUACAUGGCAUUCUUGUGUACAAAAUAACUUCAGGGAGACACUCAAAUUAUCUUUAUAAAUCAAAAAUCGACGUUUCCGAAACUGUAAACAAUAGUAACAGAUGAUAAAAUUAGUAUUGCAGAAGAAGAUAACGCUAUAAAUAAUGAUAAACAAUUAGACUUUGACACGUCAUAGCUAAAAAUAACUCUUUCACACGGUAAAAGACGGCUAAUUUUCAUAUCCUGGCGCGAUCAUAACAAUUUGCUUAGGAGUUCAAUUCGAAAGAAAUGGUAAUUACAGGAGGAUUUAAAUAUCUAAAGAGCAGAUAUUUAUGGUAUGACAUAGACUUGAAUGAUUUAGUAGAACGUCACAAGAAAACUAGUUCAGAGAAGCCAAUAUUACUCAUUGAUUGCUCACGUAUACAGUUUGUAAAGUUCUUAAAUCCUGAUUCUCGUUACGGAUGGGAAUGGCAUACAGUAAUUCGACAAUUCAAGAAAUUCGUGGAAUACCUAACUAAUAUAGACAUCAAGCCCAUUUUUUAUUUUCAAGAGAAAGAGUUCGAGGAAGCAAACUGGAAAUAUUGGAUCAUUGCAAACAAUCAAAGGAUUCAUAAAAUAUUCGAUUCUUUGAAGAACCAAUUUUCAGAUAUUCGAAUGUCGAGGAAUUACUCUUGCGAGCAGUUCGUACCUCCUGGCCAAAGUUACUUACGCUACGUUAUUAAGUAUGAAUGCAAUUCCGAAGUUUACAACACAACUGAUAAUCAUUAUGCAGAGUUAGCGGAUGUUGCUAAGAAUAAUAAAAACUGCUUAGGGAUUCUGUCCAUGAAUGUGGACUACAUUAUUUUUGAUACUAAACCCUUACUUUCCAUGAAGAAACUUUUAUUUAACAGAUUGUCGACCGAAAUGUAUUUGCAUUACGAUUUUGCAAAAGUAAUUGAUUUGGAUCGUCAGCAAAUGAAGUUGCUCUGCUGUUUGGUAGGAAAUGAUACCAUUCCUUUGAAUGAUCUGAAGGAUUUUCAUGAAAAAAUAGGAUACGUAUACGAAAGAGAGAGAGAUUCGCAUGUGUUAAAUAAAGUAGCGAAGGUGAUUAAAGACAGAGAAUGGUCUGGAGAUCAUUUGCAAUUUGGUGAAAUUGCGAAAUUCGUUGGUAUCAACGAAAAAGAAUUGAGAAAAGGUAUGAAUUUUUAUGAAAUUGGAUCAAAUUCUGAAAAAUAUGUUGAUGAUCAAGUACAACUAUGGACUAAUAUCGAUAUUUUACGAGAAAAAUGGAAUGCUUGUGAAAUUCCUCCAGGAUUCUACACGCUCCUCAGGGAUAGGAUGUUUGUAGAUAAAGCUAAUUUUGAAGAUUAUGAUGAUGAUUCGCUUCCAUCCUGUGCUCUUGUUUACAGAGAAAUGCGACAGAAGAUGUAUCGAAUUCUCUUCUCUGAAGGUGUAACCAUAAAAGAAUGGUGUUGCUAUAAAGGAGCGAAUCUAGAUGAACCGGAUGAAGUGGGAGUGCACAAAGAUGCUUUUGAUGAUUACAUUCCAUCCCUUGAAGAUCUCAUGUCUGAGGAUGAAGAAAUGAGAAGAAUUCGAUGGGAUUUACUUCAAUUCUGCUUAGGAACAAAUAUGCCUUAUGAGAAACUACAAAACAUGAGUUUAUCCCUUCUCAGUUUGUGUUUCAUUUUGCAUUAUCUAUUGAAACAAGGAACGAAAUUACAGCAUUGGGAAGUGAAGGCAUUCGUUGCUCAAGCUUUAGUUGAUCCCACUUACAAAAACGAAUUCGGUAUAAAAUACACUUCUAGAAUCAUACAUUUAAGCGAGUUAUUGCAGAAGGGCAUGUACAAUUUGAUGUAUGUCAUAACAGCAUGUGGAUAUCCAUAUCCUUUAGUGAAUGCAUUGCCCUGGAGAUCAUUCAACAGAAAAAUCUUUGCGUGGUUAUACAACCGAUUACCUAAUGAGAGAACAGAAGAAAUUUUCAAUAAUAAUAGAGAACUUUUGAAGACUUUUAACGAAAUUCUUGAAAUUGUUUACUUCGACAUUGAAGAUUCUGAAGAAAAUUGAAGGGAUUUUUUUGUAUGAAGCAUGUUACUUUGCCUUUUAAGUUAAGGGAAAUGUUAAUUGAAUAUUUUGCAUGAAAAUUGAAACUUUGUUUGUUUAUAUACUUGUAACGUUGUAAUUGCGAGUUUUUGAUAAAUAUACAAGAAUGUAUCUUAAUUGAUGAUUCAGUGGAAUAUAAUAAAAGUAUUAUUAACAUGGUAA